AUGUUGGAAGGACUAGUCGCAGGUCUUCUCAACCGAUUCAUCGGUCCCUAUGUCACCAACCUCGACGUCAGCCAGCUCAACAUCGCCAUCUGGAGUGGUGAUGUCAAGCUCACCAACUUGCGACUGAAGAAGGACGCGCUCGACAAGUUCAACCUUCCCGUCGAUGUGACUGAAGGCUACCUGGGUGAACUCACGCUUAGCAUCCCUUGGGCCAACUUGAAGAACAAGCCCGUCAAAGUCUACAUCAACAACCUCUACCUUCUGUGUGUUCCUAAAGCCGAGUCCGAGUACAACCCCGACGAAGAGGCCGCACGAGCACAGGCAUUGAAGGAGGAUAGACUGGAGAAUGCCGAGCUUUUGAACACAAAACCCACGGCUGGCAUGGAUGGUAUGGGCAUGCACGAGGAGAAGAAAAAUGCAACGUUCUUGAACCAGCUCAUCACCAAGGUGGUCGACAACUUACAAGUUUCGAUCAACAAUAUCCAUCUUCGAUAUGAGGACAAGUUGUCCGAUCCAAAGCAUCCGUUCUCCGCCGGUUUGACUCUUUCACAGCUCUCUGCAGUCUCCACAGACGGCGAGUGGUCCCCAACAUUUAUUCAUGACGAGGCCAAUACCAUUCACAAGCUUACCACGCUGGACUCUCUGGCCGUAUACUGGAAUACAGACUCGCGUUCGCUUGCCGGACGGAGCAAAGAGGAUGCAUUGAAGGUGUUCGUGGACCUUAUCGCCAAAGCCAAACAUGUCCCCGAAGAGCACCAGUACAUCCUCAAGCCAGUCUCAGGAACAGGAAAAGUCAAGCUCAACAAACGUUAUGGUGGCGAUGUUCCCAAGGCUGGAAUCUCGCUCGACUUUGAGGAGCUGGGUUUUGUGGUGGACGAUGAACAAUACAAAAAUGUGCUUCUGAUGAUGGGUCUCUUCCACUCCUUCAUGAGGCAACACGAGUUCCGGAAAUUCCGACCUCCCAGGGCCAUCACACCCAAGAAGGAUCCACUGGCCUGGUUCCGAUAUGCAGGAAACGCGGUGCUCUCACAGAUUCACGAGAGAAAUCGCAAGUGGACCUGGGCGUACUUUGAGGAGCGUCGGGACGACCGCAAGGCGUAUGUUGAACUGUACAAGAACCACAAACUGGGCCGUAACGAUGUCGAGGACGAGGAGAGACUCAAGGCACUGGAGUGGAAGCUUUCAUAUGAUGACAUUCGCCUGUACAGAAGUAUCGCCAAGGGUGUUUUGCGCAGAGAAAAAAUCCUGAUCGAGAAGAGGCAGGUUGCUGAACAACCCAAGGGCUGGCUCAGUUCUUGGUGGUACGGCAGCGGAGCAGAUUCAACCGAAAGUAAAGCCGAGAACGAGGAAGCGACAUCUCUCACCGACGCUCAGAAGCAGCAGCUGUAUGAUGUCAUUGAUUACGACGAAAAGACGGCACUUCAGGCUAAUCUCGAGGAAGCAAAGGACACAAUUCUCUUUGCCAUCAACGCCAAGCUCAAGACUGGAUCUUUCGCAUUGAAGAAGGACCCACAUGGAGCAAACACGACUAUCUUCAGCAUCGUCUUCGACACAUUCAUCGCCAACGUCUUGCAACGCACAGACAACUUCCAGGCUGGAAUCGCCCUCGGAGGCUUGACCUGUAUCGAUGGCACUACCCAGAACACGCUUUAUCCCAAAAUCAUCCGUGUGAAGGAGGCUGAGAGCAAGAAGGGGUUGUUGUCCACUGUCACGGACGGCGGCACUGUGUACGGCGGAGAGGACAGCCAUAAUGCAGGCACUAACAAUGCCGCAGAACUGAACUUCAGCCCAUUCUUCUCGGUCAACUUUGAGCACAACCCAUUAGACGGCCAUGCUGAUAACGUUCUGGAGGUCAAGAUGAGACACUUGGAGAUCCUGUACAACCCCAAGACAGUCGAUACUGUCCUCGAUUUCCUGAAGCCACCUCAGAGUGAGGCCGACAGCAUCAACGCCCUCUUGGAGGCUGCUGGAGACACUUUGGAAGGUUUGGCGGCUCAGACACGAGCUGGAUUGGAGUACGCUCUAGAGGAGCACAAGCGCUUGGAUCUGCGUGUUGACAUGGACGCUCCAGUCAUGAUCUUCCCUGAGAGCUGCACGGAUAUCAAUGCGCUCGUUGCAGUGCUUGAUGUUGGUCACAUCUUCGUAGAGAGCAAGUUGGUCUCCAAGGAAGACAUGGCUGUUGUAGAGAGCAACCACAAGCGCACCAUGGACCCCAUCGCCUUCGAGAGGCUGGAGGAUCUCAUGUACGAUCGAUUUGUCGUCCAACUCUCAAGCACACAGCUUUUGGUUGGUCAAUCAGUCGAGCGUUGUUUGCAGCAGAUCCGGAAGCCGUCCAAGGAGAACGACCUCCAUGUCAUCGACAAGAUCAACAUGACCUUCCAUGUGCACCUCUCCAUUCUGCCCCAGGCUCCAAACCUGACAAAGAUUCGAGUCUUUGGUGACCUGCCAUUGCUUCAGAUCAACUUUUCUGACAGGAAAUACAAGACUCUGAUGCGCAUUGUCGAUUUAGUCGUUCCCAAGGAUCCCGAGGCCCCAGCGGCGCCACCACCCAAGCCCAAAUCUUCCAUGAAAUUGCCACCUUUGCUCUCCAAGAACGCCUACAAGGACGAUCUCGUUUUCGGCGACACGACGGAAGGAGAGUCUGAUGAGGAGCGCGGAAGUACCAGUCAGGAAGAAAAGAUGGUCGAGAAGGAGAAGGAGUCGAGAGGCGCCAUGCUGUUCCAAAAGACGUUCCAGUUCAGCUUCAAGGUGGCCAAGUUUGCGGUGACUCUUAAAAAGGCUCUUCAGGAUGUCAAUGCCCCUGAAAGAGUUCUGGCGGAUUUGAUUAUCGAAAAGUUCGACCUCAAGUUUGUGCUUCGCCCAGUGGACAUGUGUGUGGAUAUUGUUCUCGGAUCGCUCUACGUUGAGGACAAGGUAGAGCCAGCUCCACUCUAUCCCUACUUGCUCUCAUCUGAUGCUGACGGCAAGUCACCAGCCUCUGGAGGAGUUGAAGAUCUCGUACGAGUUUCCUAUAUCAAGGUCAACCCAACAUCUCCCGACUACCUCACCAAGUACAAGGGCAUCGACGCCACCGUCGACAUCUCUCUUUCGACUGUCACGAUGAUCCUCACGCGUAAGAGUGUGUUGACCCUCUUCGACUUUAUUCUCACCACAUUCACCGGGCCUGCUCCAGCACAAGCGCAGCCUCCAUCUCGCCCAGCGGCCAUCAACGGAGAACUACCUGCCAGUCAGACGGCUCUGGCUCAAGCUGAUGACAAACCUGCAACUCAGGACAAGAUGAAGGUCAAGGUCAAGAUGACCAGUAUCAACUUUAUUCUCAACAACGACGGUCAGAGAUUGGCAACCAUGGCGCUGUCACAGUGCGACGUCUCCGUUCUCAUGACACCACCCACCAUGCGCGUCAAUGUCAAGUUGGGCAACUUCACGCUAACGGAUGACAUCAACCCAGGAAAGCAACAGAUCCUUGCCAUUCAGGGUGAAGAGUUUGCCGAUUUCGCAUACGAGACCUACGACGUUCAUUCGACCAGCUACCCUGGCUACGACGCUUCUGUUUUCUUGAAAGCAGGAUCUCUGCAGCUGACCUUCCUCGAAGAGUCUAUCCAACAGUUGCUGGACUUUUCGACCAAGUUUGCCAGGAUGCACGUCCUAUACGACUCUGCUCGCAAUGCAGCUGUCAACCAAGCGCAGGCUUUGCAGACGACUCAGAGCAAGUUCCAUUUCGAUAUCAACGUCAGCACACCCAUCGUCAUCUUGCCCAAAGAUGCCAAGUCUCGCAACACUAUCGUCGCCAACUUGGGAGAGAUUUCGAUCAGGAACGAGUUUGCAGAGGACACCCAUAUCGAAGGAGGCACUCUGGAUCAGAUGAAGCUCGGCAUUCACUCGAUCAACCUUCUCAGCCAGUUCUACUUUGACGACUCGAUCCAGGAAUUGCAGAUCAUUGAGGAUGUUGAUAUUGAGUUUGAUGUGAUCCGAGCCGCUCACAAGGAUGGCUUGGCGCGUCCAGACAUGGAGCUGAUCGGUCAGAUGUCGGAGGUCAACAUGAACCUUACUGAGCUCCAGUACAAGACUCUCUACGAAAUCUCGCUCUCGGUUGCUCGCGCCUUUGGGGGUGGCAGUGAGGAGGACACGAAUGCGCUGGCAGCCUCGGCUGGAAUCACAGCUGCUCCUGCACUACCCCCUGUUGUCGUCAAGUCGACUGAUGAGAGUUGGACGUCGAUGGAUCUGGUGUUCAGUCUGCCCAAGGUUGCCCUGGAGAUCUACCAUGGCGAUGCAACCCAGAAGGAGGAGUUGCGUGACUGCAGUUUCUCCAAGUUCUCUCUGACCAAGACCGACUUCAAGUACAAGAUGCAGACCGAUUCGACCAUGCAAGCGGAGCUCUCUAUUCAGGAUCUCAUCAUCAACGAUACCAGACGCAACGUCAAGACCAAGUUCCGCGAGAUCAUCCCUGCCAACCUGCACGACAGCCCCCAGAUCUCCUUGUCGCUUAGCACUUUUGAUGACAAGAGCAUGCUGGUCUUGUUCAACUUGGACAGCCCCAAGAUCAUUUUCCAUUUGGAGUACAUCUUUGCUUUGCAGAACUACUUUACGAGCGUCCUCGCAUCGGGACCCGCGGAAGAACCCCCCAAGGCUGGCAGGCGACCAUCGACUACAAGCCAGGUUUCGAACCGCAGCAACAGCUCACGUAACGCCGCCGCCUCGUCUAAUGCCAUCGAGCCUGCCAAGCCCGCAGAACAGGGCCCUCCCCUGCACUACAGAGUCAGCGUCAACUCGCCCGAGAUUAUCUUGCUCGCCAACGCAGCCAGCUCUGCCACAGACGCCAUUAUCCUUUCAGCCCAUCAGGUCGUGUUGUCGCAACAGGAGACCAUGACCUUGAUUGUCGAUCGCGUCGGAAUGUUUUUGUGCAAAAUGGACAAGCGCGAGGAUACCUGUCUUCGAUUUAUCGACAACUUCGACAUUGCUCUUUCCAUGGGAACUCGCUCGCCUACACCUGGACACCAGCUCACCAACAUCACUCUGGACGUUCGACCCUUGGUUCUGAGACUGUCGUACCGUGAUGCUAUGCUGGUCAUGGACAUUGUCAACAAGGUGACGGAGCUCCAGUCGAUGGUGCAGCCUGCCGUCGGGGAGAAGCCAAAGCCCGUCAAACAGAUUCAAGGAGCAGGACCUACCCCUAGAGCGAUCGCAGAGGCCGACAGACGUGCGGUUAUCACCUCGGCCACCUCUAUCGCGCCUAAGCCCAGCGCCAAGCGUAUCGUCGAAGAAGCCUCGUUUGUCUCAACCCGCGAAACGCUCAAGGGAGUCAUCCAGGGCCUUCAGCUUAUUCUCAUCGACGACAUGCACAGUUUGCCGAUGCUGGACUUGAAGCUGGACCGGUUCGAUUUGGAGGUCAAGGAGUGGUCGUCGGAGAUGAAGGUCGAUACUUCCCUUCGCCCGAGCAUCAACUACUUCAACGUCAGGAACUCUCAUUGGGAGCCUCUUCUUGAGCCCUGGCAGUUGGUGAUCCACGUCGCCAAGGUUGUUCAGCCUGCCAACAUGUUGAUUGACAUUUUCUCCAAGCAAGAUCUCAACAUCAACAUAUCGCACACCUUCAUUGAAACUGCCCUGCAGAUCAUGACGACCAUCCAGAAGGAACCAGAGCACGCGGCAUCCAUCAACCGCGAGACUCUGGUGCCUUAUGUUCUGAAGAACAAAACAGGUUAUCCUCUGCAUGUCUGGGCCGAGUCGGAAAACAACGUUGACAUUGUCGUUCACAAGAUGAAGGACGGUGCCAGCCUGCCCUGGCGAUUUGAUGACUGGAGAAAGAUGCGCGAGACUGUGGCAAGCAAGAAGAACACUCUUGGUAUCCAGUUCGAUGGAGUCCCAUGGGAGAGUCUCAAAGAUGUCCCUGUCGAGAGGGAAGGACGUUACUUGUACGUGCUUCGACCCAAGUUGAACAAGGUCUCUCACCGCGUUGCUGUCGACAUCCAGAUCAAGAACAACGUCAAGGUCGUCACCUUCAGCUCUGCUUUGUUGGUCGAGAACGCCACUUCCUUGCCCAUCGAGGUCGUGGUUAUUGACGAGAAGAGGAAGCACCUCUCCAGUGCUCAGAAAAUUGCUCCCGGAGAGGAUUACUCAGUUCCCAUCGAGUCAGCAUACAAGCACCGCCUCCUCGUUCGUCCUGAUCCAGGAUUCAACUACAACUGGAACACUGAGCCCAUUUUCUGGCGCGAUCUGGCCACGCAGCAGCAUAGCCAGCAGCGAUACGGAUCGAAUGGCCAGAGUGUGAAUUCAGUCAGCUGCCAACCCAGCGAAGACCGGACCCAGCAACCCUUCCGUUUCCAGGUUCGCGGAGGAACUGAUAACUUUGAUCCACUUGCCAAGGACUAUCCCUACAUGACUAUCCGCCUCAGUGCACCUGUUGAGAUCGAGAACUUAUUGCCCUACAACAUGCGAUACACAAUCAUGGAGAAGACUUCGCCCAAGCACAGCGGACCUGUGGUGACCUCGUACCUGCGUAAGGGUGGUAUCUCGCCAUUGCACACCGUCGAUGUUCGCAACCUCAUGCUCCUUAGCGUCGUCAUCGAGAACACGACCUUCCUCCCCAGUGAAUACGCCAUCGUCACGUCUCAUGACCCCGACGAGCUUCCUGUUGAAAACACGUUGACAUUGCUCGACCCUGAGGGUCUCAAGCUGACUCUUGGCAUUCACCGACAUGUCAUCCCCAACUCUGGCGGAGCAGUCAAGUUCAGUAUCUUCUGUCCCUAUGUGGUCCUGAACAAGACUGGCUUGGAUCUCAUCUUCAAGGCCAAGUCAUUCAUGCAGAACGCCAAGAUCGCUGCCGGCCAGGGCUCCAACCGCAUGGUCCAAAACAAGGCGCUUCCGCUCAUGUUCUCAUACGGCAAGACGGAGAACGGCAACCGUAUGCUUGUCCAGGUCGGUGGAAGCUCGCAGUGGAGUCGACCCGUCAGUUUUGAGGCUGUUGGAAGCAUCAUGGAGAUUUCCGUGCAAGCAGCAGAGCGACCUGAGGAGAUUCAUCUGGGAAUGAACGUCGAGCUUGGCAAGGGCAAGUACGCUCUGACCAAGGUUGUCACCAUCACCCCUCGCUUCAUCCUCAAGAACAACUUGGACGAGGACCUAAACUUCCGCGAGGUUGGUUCCAACAAUGUCACCUUGCUGCCAGCCCACCAACGCGUUCCUCUGCGGUACAUGCGUCUAGGACAACAGAAGCUACUCUCGCUUCGUCUCCCUGGAAUCACCUCGAGAUGGACGGCGCCUUUCAACAUCGACGAGAUGGGCAAGAUGUACGUUACAAUCCUGCGUAGCGAUGGUGAAGUCGAGCUUAUUCGGAUCCAUGUUAUGAUGGAGGUUGCUACUGUUUUCAUCGUUUUGAACAAGGAGGAGGGUCGCUGGCCAUACCGAAUCGAUAACCGUUCGUCGUGGGACAUCGCCUUCAGCCAACACAGCAACGUUCGUAGCGACUCUGCCACAGCGUCGACGGCCUCGUUCUCGAGCUUCGCCGCCAAGACCUACAAGCUCAAAGCAGGCGAGACGAUGGCAUACUCCUGGGAUCUGCCUCACAUGAAGGAGAAGACGUUGGUUUUGAACGUCAACGGUCGCGAGCGCGAAGUGAGUUUGCAGGAGAUCGGAUCCUUGGUCCCCUUCAAGUUCCCUGCAGGCGAUACCAACGGCAUUCUCGCUAUUGAUGUCAUUGCGGAGGGCCCCACGCAGGUCUUGGUGCUCGCAGAUUACGACUCGAAGCAGAGUUUGUUCAAGCAGCGAUCGUCGAGUCAAUUGACGGUCAGUGACAGGAGCGAUGACGGCAAGGAUAUCUCCAAGGACGGCUUCGAGGUUAUUGAUGUCGACGCCGUGGUCACAUUCAACUUCCAGGUCCGACUUGAGUGCAUUGGUAUCUCUGUCCUGAAUCAGCGGAUGCAAGAGUUGAUCUACAUAUCGAUGACGGGUCUCGAGAUGCGAUACACGGACUCGAACAUGUACCAGUCUGUCAACAUGUUGGUGAAGUGGCUCCAAAUCGACAACCAGCUGUACGGAGGAUCAAGCCCGAUUAUCCUUUGCCCGACGCAGACCCCCAAGGACGGCAAGGACUCGGCCGCUCACCCAACCUUGCACAGUGCCCUGGUGCGAGCCAAGGACGAAACUCACGGAGUUGUUUACUUCAAGUACUUCUCGGCGUUGGUCCAGGAGCUGACUGUGGCCAUGGACGAGGACUUUUUGUACACUCUUCUCGAGUUCUCGAAGUUCAAUGUGCCAGGGUGGACGGAUGACCCAAGCAAGGUUCAGCUGUGCGACGAGAGUCUCGAUCUUCCAGAGCCUACUGCCAAUGAGGGCGAGAGUCAGCUGUUCUUUGAGGUGCUCCACCUGCACCCCAUGAAGGUCAACCUGUCCUUCAUGCGAUCGGACCGUGUCAACAUCGAGGAGGCCCAACAGAAGACCUCGAGCCACAACCCCAUUAUGUACGUCUUUAACGUACUCACUAUGGCCAUUGGAAACAUCGAUGCUGCACCGAUUACACUCAACGCGUUGUUCUUGGAGAACGUUCGUGCGAGCGGACCGGUGUUGGUGGAUCUUUUGCAGAGACAUUACAGCCAGGACUUCUUCUACCAGCUUCACAUGAUUGUCGGAUCGAUCGAGUUCUUGGGUAACCCUGUUGGUCUCUUCAACAACCUCAGUUCAGGAGUGGUCGACUUUUUCUAUGAGCCCUACCAAGGAUUCAUCAUGGCAGACCGCCCACAAGAGAUUGGUCUGGGCAUUGCUCGCGGUACUUCGUCGCUGCUCAAGAAGACAGUCUUUGGAUUCUCGGACAGUCUUGCCAAGAUUUCUGGAUCGGUCGGAAAGGGACUUUCGGCCGCCACCAUGGACAAGAACUUCCAGGAGCGACGACGCAUGGGCAGCCAACGCAACGCACCCAAGCACGCGCUUUCCGGAUUGUCUCAGGGAGCGUCGUCGUUGGCCAAGGGUGUUGUCAGUGGAGUGACCGGUAUUGUCGAGCAACCGUUGCAGGGUGCCCAGAGCGGAGGCGUCGAAGGAUUUUUCAAGGGAGUCGGCAAGGGACUUGUCGGUGCUGUGACCAAGCCCUUGGUCGGAGUGUUUGACUUUACGACUAACGUAACAUCCGGUAUCCGUAACACUACCACCGUCUUUGACAAGGACCAGACGCGCAAGCGCAUCCCUCGUCACGUUCCCAAGAACGGCAUCUUGACCCUUUACGACAAGUCUGAGGCCGUUGGCCAGUUCUGGCUCAAGCAGAUCGAUAGCGGACGAUACUUUUACGACGACUACAUUGCCCAUUUGGUCCUCAAGGGCGACAACAUGGUCGCGAUGCUGACAUCCAAGCGGAUCAUGGUCUUCCGGGCCGAGAGUCUGAAGGUUGAGUGGCAGUUGGAGUUCUCUGAGAUCCAGGCGAUUGCGCCCUUCCCGCGUGGUAUCUCGAUCACGAGUCGACGCGACCAACAGGAGAACUUUAUCCCGAUCUUUGAGCAGAGUUCGCUCCAGUGGUUCAGCAGCAGGAUUGAGGAGAAAGUCAGUCAGUUCAACGCCGAGCUCAAGCCCUUGGAGUAA